AUGGCUUCUUCCCUCAAUUCGUUCCUCUUCUUCUUUGUCAUUCUUGUUUCUACAUCCUAUGCUCAAAAUGGCCUAAACCUUCCUAUUCGGAAGGAUGCCACUACCUUGCAAUACUACACGACACUAGAAAUGGGCAGCACCCGAGCUACGGUGAAUGCAGUUAUUGAUCUUGGAGCCCAGUUCUUCUGGUUCGAUUGCGAUAAUUAUUCCUCAUCCCACUAUGUUCCGAUCCCUUGUGGCUCUCAGAAAUGUGAACUAGCUAAAGGGAUUGGAUGGUUUGAAGAGGACACGCUGUACUCGAAAGAUCAUGUCGAGGUGCCUCAAUUUCCUUACGCUUGCAUGAACAUGCGUUUCUCAGAGGGCCUAGCCAGUGGCACUAGCGGGAUUCUAGGCCUUGCUAGGACCGAAAUUUCUUUGCACAAACAGGUUGCAAAUAAGUUCAAUUUACCCGACAAGUUUUCUCUAUGCCUCCCAUCUUCAGGACUCGGAAAAUUGUACGUUGGUGGAGGAUCAUCAAGCAAAUCAGAUGUGUCGAAAUCACUUAUCACAACUACCCUUAUAGUAAAUCCUGUAAGUACUGCUCCUACUUAUACCGUUGGUGAUCCAUCCGAUGAAUAUUUCAUUAAUGUACUGUCCAUUAGAGUUCAUGGAGGACCUUUGUCUGUAAAAAGUUCCUACUUUACCAUUGACAAACACGGAGUUGGAGGCACCAAGAUUAGUACCGUAAACAAUUUCACCACACUCCAUUCUUCCAUCUACAAACCUUUCACCAGGGCUUUUGUCAAGGCUGCGUCUGACAUGAAGAUCAAAAGCGUGGACGCAGUGGCACCAUUUAGAGCAUGUUUCAGUUCCUCCACCGUUUCUACCACUACCACUACCACUGGCCCUUCUGUCCCAACAAUUGAACUAGUUUUGCCUGGAAAUGAUGUUUCUUGGAAGAUAUAUGGUGCCAAUUCAAUGUUUGCAGUGAAUAAGAAUGUGAUUUGCCUUGCAUUUGUGGAUGGAGGAUCAAGUCCAAGAACUUCAAUCGUCAUCGGCGCAUACCAAUUGGAGGAUAAUCUGCUCGAGUUUGAUCUUGUCUCAUCGCAACUUCGCUUUAGCUCUUCCCUUCUGGUCCAGAACAAGACAUGUUCGCGCCUUUAA